AUGCUCGUGCGCGUUCUGAGAUCUUCUCCGUACCCGACCGGCAGUGAUGACACCUCACAGGAUUUCAGGAAAGUAGCUGGUCGGAUGGUAGAUCUCGCCCCUGCGCAAGGUGCGGGACCCCAGUGGUGGCAGAUUCCACGACAACACUCAUGUGAGGUAUUGAGAUUCUUUCACCAUGUGCCUCCCGGUGCAAUCAAGGAGAAUACAGCGACAAAUCGCCCUCCGGCGAUUACUUGUAUAGAAGCCGCCACAGCAAUAUACAACGGACAGAAUAAGAUCCGGAAGCCGAGCUAUCUACCACUCAAAUUACGGCCCGGCACGGUCACCAGAAAGUUUUGCGAAGAGAGUAGACAGCUCGCUAGGACCUACGGCUGCGCCUUCGCGGCAGCGUUUUUCACUCGACAAUCACCACUUGAAGUUGCCGGGUUUCCACUUCAUCCGCGGACAAGGGCCCGAGAAAAGAUGGAAACAUUGCACUAG